CGCAAGACGACACGCACUUCUCGACAGUUCUCGAUUCAAAUCCCGUCAUUCCCGUCGAGACGCGAGGAGGUUUCGCAGAAACCGUUAUUAUGAGGCGUCGUUGAUCAUCGCUCGACGCCGUGGCUCGCCUCUCUCCCGCGCGAACAAGUUACAAGAGGAAUCUCGCCGGGAAAUGGCGGAGGACGAGGAAGCGGAUUAUCCGAACAACGCGCGUCUCUUCCGAAUCGCCGUCUCCAACAGCCUGAGGAACAUAGCCGAGUCUGUCAGCGAGAAUGAGUUCCUCGAGAUACUCACGAUUCUCAAGUCGAAUCCGAGCACCGCCCGGAAGUUGCACAAGGCCAUGAUAAAGGAGCUGUACAGCAGCAUGAACAACGAUCUGGAGGAUAUAUGGAAGGAGGGCAGUUUGCAGGAAGCCUUCACCAAAAUCGCCAAAUUGUCCGAGGAGAGCACGACGUCUGCUAACGAACGCGCAUGGCGUCCACCGGGGGAUGUAACCUCGCAUCUGAGAUCGCUGGACGCGCACGAAAUCAAAAAGGGGACCGAGGAAUUGGAGAAACAGGUGAACGAGUUGGAAAGGGAGAACAAAGCCCUAAUGAGGACAAUCGCAGAAAGUAGAUCGAGGAUACGUGCCACGAACGACAACGUGAUGAGAAUUCUGAAUUGCGCGCCGGCCAUGCUGCAACGAUUAGACGAUACGUGCGAACAGCUGGCGACUUGUCUUAAAACGAUCGAGAAGGAAUAGCUCCGAAAUGAAUCUUGGAAGAAUGCUGUAUAUAAUGUAUAUAUAUAUAUUAGAAGGUAUUUUUAUUGAAAACAAUUUUUAUUAAAAUACAAUAAUAAAAAAAUUGAAACUAAAGUAAAGUAAAGCGAAAAGUACGUUUAUUUAUUAUAUAUGUAUACAGUGUAUACAUAUAUAUGUGUCAAAUUUAUGUUUAUACAUUUAUAAUAU